AUGUGGUUCGUCUUCGAGGCUGGUGUUGCCGGCACGAAACUUUUGGAACCAACGUUGUACUGUGCAUUCGUUGAUACUUCUCUCGCCUCAUACUUCGUUGAUAUUUCGAGCGGUUUUAGCAGCAGUCCGGCCCAGUUUGAACUCGUAGAAAUAAAAGAACCGGGAAGAGCUGUGUUCAGCGGGGCAGACAAAGGGAGUAGAACUUCACUCGGUUCUAAAUACAGUAGCCAUUCAUUGAUUUUGUUUUGUACCAUUGGAUACGAACACCAGUCGAUUGCAGAAGACGAGAUCUAUCGAUCUGGGUUAUUUUGA